AUGCCUACAUGCAGUUGCGUCUGCGGUUCGGCCUCUGAGCCAGACGACGAGUCACUGGCAGCACUACUCGCGCAGUAUGCUUUCAUACAAGAAAGACUUGCCGAACAGGCAUCAUCAGCUUCGUCCUCGCAGCCCUUUAUGACGCCAGAUUCAUCCCCUCGACGAUCUUGCGGCCAGGAUCAUACGCGGGCAGACGAAUUGAGCGUGUCAAACGAAGGCGGCAUCGUGUCUCCUGGUGCAAGCAUACGCCCCGGUCUUCCCACCGCCAACGGCCCAGGCCUCGAGGAGGACGACAACAAUUCAUGGUUCGAACCUCCCCAGCUGGGUUUUGCCGCCGAGCAGUUAACCGUUGACCAGAUCGUCGACGACCUGGGUGGACGGGUCCAUGAGGAACUUGAGCGGCUCAGCAGCCAGCCACAAGAUCUGGAGGACCCCUUUGUGGACUUCUCCUGCGCCCAGAGCACGCUCAUCCACAUCAUGGAAGACCUCGCGCAGCAAGAUCUUGCGAGCGACUCAGCCGGCGAGAAGUCAAACUCCAAUAUGGACGUUCCAGAUCACACCGCAGACUUCGACCAGCUCGCCGAUAACCUCGCGCACAGCAUGCGAUCCAGUACUUCGCAUCACCCCGAAGCGCAUGAAGAAAGUGGGAUACUACCAGCUGACGGCAUCGCCCGUUGUUCACCUCCGUCCAGCGCCACUCAACACGACAUCUUGACAUCCGUCACCAAUAUCGCCAUGAAUGCCGAUGAUCUCGUCGACUUCGCCAUCGACACAGACGCCCGCCUGACCGACCUACACGAGACGAUCACGGCGCAUCGGGACGAACAGCACGACACCACUGAUGAGCUGAGCCGGCGACUGCAGGAGAUUGCUGACGACACGUACGAUCGUCUCGCUGCGGUUUGUGAGGACCUUGUGGUGCUGGAGGCGAGGGUUGCUGAAGUGGAGGAUGUAGGAAGGCACUUGGAGAGGGUCAAGGAGCAACUGCGGGAGAGGCAGGUCGCCACGAUGGAGCGACGCGAUGAUGCGGUGCUCGGGCUGUGUCGCGACGGGGAGGCGGAGAUUGAACAGGGUCGCAGUGGUGAUGCUGGGCUAUUUGCUCCUCCAACAGACGAGCACAACGGCAGGACCGUUGAUGACUGGAAACUCAUCAGCGACGAGGACCAGGACAUCUUGGACAAGCAGCACCGGCAGCUUUAUCUUCUGCAGUGCGACGCAGCACAUCCACAGAGUCCUGGGAAGCCGGACGAGAAACCCCAAGUCUCAUCGACCGCAGCUGAAGAGAAGCAGCAGGAGCGAAUCGAGGCAGAGGAAGAGCCCAACACGAAGCGGCGGCACUUGCAGCAACCUGCCCAGGAACAUCAACAACGAGGGAACAGCUGGGGUAUGUCCAUGCACAGCUCGAUGCGUAUCUGA